CACCGCUCAAAAUGGACUAAAUUCGUCCUUGGACAAAAUUUUCUCUUGUCAGGGAAGUCUUUGUCCCGGGUUUUAUGGUUUUGGACAAAGGAAAAAAAACAAGAACAACAUCCAAAGACCGAAAAUUUUUCCCUUCCUCUCUGAAUCGCUCGACUACUUCUCCCAUCGGUAAAGGUUUAACUCCAAAAUGGCCUCAUCUACAGCUGAUAAGAAGCAAUCUGGUAUUGCUAGAGUGUUGGGCUCUGCAUCUGCAGGUAUCUGUGAAAUUGGUGUCUUCCACCCAGUUGACACCAUUUCCAAGAGACUCAUGUCCAACUCCACGAAGGUUACAAACCUGACUCAGCUCAACUCUGUGAUCUUUAGAGAGCACGCAGCCGAGGCUUUUGGUAAGAGAAUCUUUACCCUUUUCCCGGGCUUGGGUUACGCUGCCGUGUAUAAGAUUCUUCAAAGAGUUUACAAGUACGGUGGUCAACCUUUUGCCAAUGAGUUCUUGACAAAGAACUUCAAACCAUCAUUUGACGAUGCGUUUGGUCCAAAGACCGGUAAGGCCUUGAUGUCUGCUACUGCGGGUUCUCUUAUCGGUAUUGGUGAGGUUGUGCUCUUACCAUUGGAUGUUUUGAAGAUUAAGAGACAGACAAACCCAGAAUCCUUUAGAGGUCGUGGAUUCUUGAAGAUCAUUAAGGACGAAGGAUUUGGAUUGUAUAGAGGCUGGGGCUGGACCGCUGCAAGAAACGCUCCAGGUUCCUUUGCUCUCUUUGGUGGUAAUGCCUUUGCUAAGGAAUACAUUCUAGGUUUGAAGGAUUACUCCCAGGCCACUUGGUCUCAGAACUUUGUCUCUUCAAUCGUUGGUGCCUCUGCUUCCUUGAUUGUCUCUGCUCCAUUGGAUGUCAUCAAGACCAGAAUCCAAAACAGAAACUUUGAAAACCCAGAAUCUGGAUUCACCAUUUUGAAGAACAUGGCAAAGAAUGAAGGUAUCACUGCUUUCUUCAAAGGUUUGACUCCAAAGCUUUUGACCACUGGUCCAAAGUUGGUGUUCUCAUUCGCCUUGGCCCAAUCUUUGAUUCCAGCUUUUGACAAAAUGUUUUCAAAGUAGAUAGCUUUCCUCUUAGAGAGAUAGACGUACAUUCCUGUAUAUAUAUAAUGGCUUUGUUUUCUG